GAAGCAGCCAGCCCAGCUCUCUGUGCAGACAGACAGGCAGAGCGCGAGGGAGGCAGAGGGGAAACAUCAGAGACAGAGGGAGAAUUAACCUCGGGGCUUGUGCUCGAGUCUGUUCACCAGGGUCUGCGGGACCAGAGGGAUGGAGCAGCUCCGGGAGGACGUCACCUGCUCCAUCUGCCUGGACGUCUUGGAGGACCCCGUCUCCAUCGAGUGCGGCCACAACUUCUGCCGGGGCUGCCUCUCCACUCACUGGAGCCAGGUCUCAGCCCAGGGACGCCGCUGCCCGGAGUGCCGGGCUCCCUGCUCCAGGGGCAGGAUGAUCCCAGACACACGUGUCAAAAGCCUGGUGGAGAAAUUCACCGAGCUCUUGCGGGAAGAGCCGGAGCCGCAGGGGCCGGGGGCUCAGAUGGAGCCGGGGCGCCCGGUGCAGCUGGUGCGUCUGGACAAGGAAGGGGGCCUGACCCUGGACGAGGAGGCCCUGAGCCGCUGCCUGGAGCAGGGUGGGGUGGGGGACGCCCCCGUCUGCCUGGUGUCCAUCAUCGGGGAGCAGCGCCAGGGCAAAUCCUUCCUGCUGAACUACCUGCUGCGCCGGCUCCGGAGCCCGGAGGCAAGGGACGGGGCAUGGAUGGGCAGGGAGGACGAGCCCCUGGAGGGGUUCGAGUGGCGCGUGGAUGAGGAGCGAGUUACCCAGGGGGUGUGGGCCUGGAGCCAGCCCUUCUGGGUCCCCACCGAGGGGGGGAAGGUGGCCGUGCUGCUGGUCGACACCGAGGGCUCCAUGGACCUUGAAAGGAACAAGGAGACGAGCAUCAAACUCUGCGCCAUGUCCAUGCUGCUCAGCUCCUACCAGAUACUGAACGUUGGCUGUCAGGUGAAGGACCCGGAUCUCGAGUACCUGGAGAUGUUUCUGCAGGUGGCUGAAGUGGUGGGAGAGGCCUAUGGACUGGAGCCCGUUCAGCACCUAGACCUGCUGGUGCGGGAUUCGAGCAGCUCCCUGGUCCUCGGAGCCCAGGGUGGGGAGCAGCAUCUGAGACACGUCCGACAGAUGCUGGCGGCGAUGUCCCCUUGCAGACACCCCAAGGCCCUGGAAGCGCUGAGCAGAAGCAGCAGCCGCUGUUACCUGAUGCCCUUCCCCGGCAAGCGGAUCUCAACUGGAAACCAGGGAACCCUGAGAGACAUGGAUGAGGAUUUCCGGGACAGCCUGAGGGACUAUGUCACCGCCCUGGUGGGCUCGGCUGGUCAACAUGUCCGGAGGGACCGGCACGGGGAGCUGCUCACCGGGACACAGCUCGCUGCCAAGAUAAAGAAUUUAUCUGAUGUGAUGAAGAAACAUCGCUCGGGCUUCUCCUCUCCCUGUCAGAUGGCCAUCGCCUUCCACAACCAGGGAGCCCUGGACAGAGCCCGCCGAGACUACAAUGACUUCCUGGAGAAGUCGAACAUGUGUACCUUCUCUGAGGAAUUUGAGGUGCAGGACAAGGAGUUGCUGGAACGGUGCCGAACACAAGUGCUGCCGAAGAAGGAGUCCACGCUGAAUGCAGAGCUGAUGGAGGACAAAGAGGCCCUGCUGACAGAGCUGGAGGCAGAGCUGACGCAGGAGGCUGAGCGCUUCAAGGCGGCUAAUGAGAAGCACAAGAAGAUGGCGCUGAGGGGGGUCGUCGCAGCUGCUUGCACCGGGCUCGGCACACCUGCUGGCACCGGGCUCAGCGCAGGUGCUUGCGCCGGGCUCGGCGCAGGUGCUGGCGCCGUGCUC